ACUUUGUACACGGAAGCAGGAACAGGAUUUAUCAGAGCCCUGCGGUCUGUCGAGCUGUAUUUGUCAACGCGGAUUGUCUCUGAGAGCAUCGGGGCACGGAUUAAAUUAGACAGAUUUGGUUUCUCUUUCGCUGCCGUGUGUGGAAACAAUGGACGUGUCUCGGGCCGCCGUGCUGCUGCUCACACUGAGUCUGUGCUGCUGCCUGCUCACAGGGUCUCCAGUGAAAAAAAGAAGAGAUGAGGUUGGAAAUGUUGAUGAAGCAAAGAGCCAAAACUUGGAUAGCAGUAAGAAAGGACUGACAAAAAGUCAGGCAGGGGAUGGAAAUCAAAAGCCAGCAAACACUGAGGAUCAAGUGCAGGGGUCUGAUUUGCAGAAAAAUCCGCCAGGUAAAGAGAACAAAGCGGGGAAUGAAGCGACAGGGGACCAAACUGCUGAUCAGAACCCUGCAAACAACGCAGAAACGGACAAAGGAAAGGAUAAGGAUGUAAAGCCAGACGAGAAGAAGGGGCCGGAAGAACAACACACCAGCAUAGAUGACAGUAACAAACAGAAACCUGAAGGGGAAAGCACAGGGGUAAAAGAUACUAACAAUAAAGAAAAUAGAAAAGGAAAGGGUAAUAAUAAAGAUCCACAUGCAGAAGAAAAAGUUGGUGAAGACAAACAUGCAGAAGAAAAAGUUGGUGAAGACAAACAUGCAGAAGACAAACAUGCAGAAGAAAAAGUUGGUGAAGACAAACAUGCAGAAGAAAAGAUUGGUCAAGAAGAACAUGCUAAAGGAAAUGAUGCUAAAGGAGAAAAUCCAAAAGAAAAGGGAGGUGACAAUGACAGUAAAACAGGACUGAACACCAAGUAUGACCAAUCUGGAAUGAAGGAUGAUGCAGAAAACAGUCAUUUCUUCGCCUACCUUGUCUGUACGGCUGUGCUGGUGGCAGUGCUCUACAUAGCUUACCACAACAAGCGCAAGCUAAUUGCCUACGUUCUGGAAGGAAAGAGAUCCAGAUCCACACGUCGACCUAAAUCUGGAGAUUACCAGAAGCUGGAACAACAAAUGUGAUCUCAAGCCAUUGCCUGGAGCAGUUAAAUGCACUGUUGGAUGUGAGAGAAGAUGGAGAGUGGAUGCUGGUGUUAGAUAUUAUAUCGGUGCACUCUGCAAUGAAUUCACCUUGUGUUAAAUGGAUAUUCUUCUAUUUUGUACCCUUAGAUGUUUAUUGCAUGACUAUGCAGACGACACUGUUGCCUUAUUGACAGAAUUAGUGAGAUGCAGUGAAGGUAAAACGAGCAUGCUGUUUUUGCACUUGUGUUGUGAUUCCACUUUUUAGGCAAUCUUGUAAUUUGGCCUGACUAAGGUCCUGACUCAGGAUAUAUAAGAUAAGUAGCAAAUUAGUGGUUUACUUCUAGCCUUGUUUGUAGGAUACAUUAGAGAUUGCACUUUGUACCAAAAUAAGCCAUCUGACUCUUUGUAAAAUCCUGGCUGUGUGCUAUUUCUUUGAACUUGUUAUAAAUGUCGAUAAAAGGUGUCAAGAUUCUAUUUAGAUGUGCAAAGCAUCGUAGUGAGGUUUCUGCUUGUGUUCGCAAUCAUACGGUUGUAGCCUAAUGAAUGUAUUAGCAACUUUUAUUUUCCAAAUGAGAUGCUAGCACUGGGUUCACCCCCUUCUUAAAGGCUCUAUUAAAAAAAAACAAAAAAAAAACAACAACAGCUACAUUACAUUGGUAAAGUCUAUACUUAACUAGUACUUCAUAAUUUUGAAAUAUGCUUAUUUAAUUUUUGCUAAGAGAUAAAUGCAAAAAACAAAAGAAGACAUAAUCAAAACCACACUUGCUAUUUGGCUAGCUUAGCCUAGCAUAAAGAUUGGAAACAGAUUAAAAAAAGCUAAGCUGGCUCUGUCAGAAGGUAACAAAAAUCAGCCUGUUGAAAGCUUGGCAAUUUCUACUUGGUAUAUAUUUAGUUAAACUCAUAAAAAAGCUGCAGUAUUAUAACAAUAUGCAGUUUUACGAGGGGCUACGUGUUGCAUCACUUCUUUGACCUGAGCUUUUCCACUAAGCUCAGCUAACCGGCUGCUAGCUGUAGCUUCCUACUUAGCGUACAAAUAUGAGAGUGGUAUCCUUAUAUUUCCCUAAAAUACAGCAAAAUGGUUGGAUUUUAAUUUCUCUUAGGGUGUUGAUUAUGCAUGUAAAACCUUUUUUUUUUUUUUCUUCCAUGCUGUCUGUCAUGCAGAACUGUGGUGAAUUUGACACUGAAAUGUUGUAUUUCAUGAAAACUGUCAAGUCUUUUUGAUUUGUGGCUGUCUGACACUUGUGUGGCCAGUUGUUCCUGUUUUGAGUGAACAUGUGUAACUUGUACCACUUGAUGCUUUGCAUAACAACUCUAGUCUGACAUGAUGGUUGUGGUAACCUGUAUUUUUAUGAGGGGAAACUGGCCAGCAGCCAGUUGUUUCGACUGCUUGGAGUGAAGAAUUGGAAAAAAAAAAGUGUCUCUGGUAUGACCACUAAUACAUACGAUUAAAUCUAAAAUGCGUGUUUAUGUUCAGUCAGACAGACUUGUGCCAAAUUGUGAAUGAUUUUACUGUGAUUCAGUGUGUCGCCCUUGUAUUGUGCCUGUUUCCGAUAACUAACUGUCCGUUUCUAGCAGGUGGUGGUCGCGCAAAGCUGGUUCUGUAAAAAGCAAAAUAACUCAGUUGUUAAUCAGCAGAAACAAGUCCAUGUUAUGUUUCAAAAAUAUAUUUUUAUUGAGAACUCUGCGAAGAAAUUUGAGCAUUUUUUUAUAAUAUAUUUUUGUUACAAUGUUCCUCUUUUUCUCAGUGAAAUUAGGCACCAGAAUGACAAACCAUCAUGACCAUCAAGCUAAAUAACUCCAUGUAAGGUAUUUAUUUCACUGUGUUGGAAAGGACUGUCCAUCAAAAACAAACUGCUGUCAUUCAUAUGUUCCAUUGCACAUCAGGCUGAGAGUUGAAAAUAAAGGCUUUUUGUACUUUCUCGCCUCAAA